AUGGAUGAUGUCAACUUAUCAGACUUUGUUCCCGUCAUCAGGCAAAUACUUUAUGAUUCAAAUCUUGAUUCAAUUACUGCUAGGGAAGUACGACGGGAGCUGGAAAAGAAGUAUGAUUUAGAUCUUACACCUCGCAAGCAAGAAGUACAACGUCUCGUUGAACAGUGUUUUGAUGAUUUAAGUAAUUCUGAUGAAAUAUAUGAACCAGUAGAAUUCAAAUCGCCUAAAAAACAAAAGAAACAUAGCAAUCAUUCUGAAGAAAAAACGAAAAAAUCAUCUGAUAAAUCUUCAAGGAAAAUUCUUAAAACUAAAGGUAGGCCUUCUAAAACGCAAGUUAAAACUCAAGAAUCCGAUUAUUAUUCGUCCCUGGAGGACGAUUUCCCACCACAAAAAAAGAGACGUGGUCGGAAACCAAAAGUUUCUUCGAAAGUAGAAUCAUCUGAUGCUGAAUACGAAAAGAGAUUUGAGGAAGAAUUGAAUGGAGCGAAUGUGAAAAAAUCAAAAGCAAGAAAUAGUGGUUCCACCACUAAAAAGAAAUCGAGUAAACGAAAAAAGAGGGACGAGGAAGAACAGGACGGUGAAGAACCAAAGAAAAGAAAAAAAGGCAAUACCGGAAUCCAUAAGCCUUUGAUAUUAAGUCAGGUUUUGGCAGAAUUUUUACAAGCCGAGGAGAUGUCACGACUUGAAGUAGUUAAACGUCUUUGGGCAUAUAUCAAGGAAAAUGAGCUCCAGGAUCCCUCUGAUAAGCGAUUUAUCGUUUGUGAUGAUAGAUUAAUGACCAUAUUUAACCAGGAUAGAAUCCAUAGUUUUACAAUGAAUAAAUUUUUGACAGUUCACCUAAAAAAGAAAGAAAUAUCAUCCGAUGGAAAUGUUAAAAAUAUCAAUGGAACAUCUAAAAAUUAUCGUAAAAAUGAAACUUCGAGUAGUGUAAGUGGAUAUAAUGACGAUGACGAUGAUGAUCAAGUUAAAAUAGAACCACAGGAUUAUGUUAAGGUUAAAACGGAAUCCAAGGAGGAUUAUGUGAAGGUAAAAACGGAACCCAAGGAGGAUUAUGUUAAGGUUAAAAUGGAACCUCAGGAGUAUGAUGUUAAGGUGAAAAUGGAACCUCAGGAGUAUGAUGUUAAGUCGAAGAAAGGGUUAUCCGUGGCAGAAAAACGCAUAAGGCUUGAAGCAUUAUUUCACGAAACGAAGAACUUUUAUCAACUCAAAGAGUUGGAAAAAAUCGCCCCAAAGAUGAAAGGGAUCGUUUCGCAAUCAGUGAAAGACAUUCUGCAAAGUUUAGUAGAUGACGAUCUUGUAACGACGGAUAAGAUUGGUACCUCAAAUUACUAUUGGUCGUUUCCAAGUUGUGCUCUUCAAUCGCGCACAGUUAAGAUUGAAGGGCUUACUCAGGAACUCCAAAAACUUAAAGCAAAAAAUGUUGAAUUACAAUCAAGUAUUGAGUUAGCAUAUGGUGGACGCGAAACCACUGAUGAUCGAGCUAUAUUGUUGAAAAAGGUAGCAGAAGUGGAGAUGAUUACCAAAAAGUAUCAAGAAGAAUUGGCACAUUAUCGAGAAUGUGAUCCCGCACUUUUGGAUGCUAAGGAAAAGCACGGCGAGCUUGCAUUGGAAUGCGGUAAUCGUUGGACAGAAAAUAUCUUUAUACUCCAAUCUUAUUGCUCCAAUAAGUUCAAUAUUGAACGUGCCGAUUUCAACCAACAAUUUGGAAUCCCGGAGGAUUUCGAUACAUUGUAA